CAACGCUGCCUAUAAAGUUAGAAAGUUCCUAGAAUAUGAGAAACAAGCGCCGACUUUUCCACUGUUCCAUUUUCUCUCAUCCUAAAGUUGUUGAAAACACAUUCUCUCUGAAAUGGCGGAACCUUCAGCAAAGAUCCUUAGACAAACCCUAGAUGGAGAAGCUGAUAACAUUGAUAGACUCAGUGCACUUCCAGAAUCUGUUCUUCUCUCCAUUCUCUCACGCUUGGAACUCAAAGAAGCUGCAGCCACCUCAGUUUUAUCCACAACCUGGAGAGACCUUUUCUUACAACUUCCCAACAUUUGGUUAAAUUUUCAUAUCUAUGGCAAUCCUUCUGACCAUCCAAGACUGUUUCACAUCUUCACACUCUUUGCUAAUAGAGUGCUUCGAGAGAGAAACCCGGAGGCACCCAUUAGGUUUCUCAAGGUAUGUGUGAGGAAUUUCACUCAAAGGAUGGAAGAAGAUUAUACAUCAUUGUUGAUGUCUGCAGCUGUUGCAGUGUCCACUUACAAGGUGUACCAAUUUGAUCUUCGUCUUACCUGUAGUUUAUUAAUUGCGUCAUUGGAGAUUGCUAUUCCACCUGCAAUGUUUGCAUCAGAUACCCUAACUAGUCUGCGUCUAACCAUUUCUGCGGGGUGGGAUGUUCCGGAAAAUGUUUGGUUGCCCAAUGUAAUCAAUGUUCACUUCAUUCCAUAUACAUUGAUGCAUGAGAAUUCCACUCAGAGGUUUCUCGAUGGGUGCCCUAGGCUACAAGAUCUGAUGCUUAUGAUAGGGAUCAUAUCGAACUAUGAGAUUAAAGUCAAAACUCUUCGCAUGUCAAGUUCCUCUUUGAAAAGUCUGAGGCUUGGUUGGGAUCAGAUGGAUGAAACAGAGACUAUGAGUAUAAUUGUGAAGUCUGAAAGCCUUCUGAGGUUGACAUUAUCUCUUACGGGAGGUCACAAAGUGAAUGUGGAUGCACCAAAUCUGAGUUUCUUCUCCAUUACUGGUGAAGUACGUGAAUUGAACAUGACUCAAAAUUCUCCUUCGAUUGAUGAGGCUGUUGUAGAUGUUGAAUAUACUAUUCAGUCCGCAAUACACUCUCAAAACGCUUCCACCUUUAUGAGAGCUUUGGAAAACGCGAGAGUACUUGACAUAUCAGAAGGCAUCAUGAAGGCUCUAUAUGAUUCUACAUCGGCGAUGCCCAUUUUCAGAAACUUGUACAUGUUAAGGCUUAUCCCUGAUUAUUAUGAUGAUGUUAGCCGUAGCAGAAUUCAACAGGUGUUAUUCAACUUGUUGGAGCAUUGUCCUAACCUUCGAGAGAUUUUCUUUGAGAAAGUGAUGGUCUUUGAUGACAUCCACAACUACAUUCCUGUCAAUUUUGAAUCUGCUUUCCCUCCUAGCAUGGUUCAAAAUUUGAAGAAUUUAGAAAUAUUUGAUUUCCGAUGCCGAAACAUAGAAUACAAGCUGGUGGAAUUUUUCAUGAAGAAUGGACAAUCUUUAGAGAUUGUUUCUCUGAGAAAAGAUAAUGUGAGGGGAAGUUGGACACCAAACGAAGAAGGGAGAAUUCUCUCCGUCAUGACGUGCUCAGAAGAAUGUGAUAUUUUGUUCAGACAUAAGUCGGAGUCAAAGAUUAUAUACAGAAGGAAUUUGGAUUCCCCAUGAUUGUCCACGGCAACGACUCUAUCUCUUUAAAAGUAUGUUAUUUUAUUGCGUUUUUAAUAUUGUCUGUCAUAUUCUACUGCAUGCUCCAUUGUCGAACACCACUGUUCUGGUUCCUUGGACAGCCAACUGAGCUUUUACUUUUUGCAUGUAUUUAGACAACCAACCUACUUAGUCCACCAUUUCAUGGUGGGUUGAGUCGGAUUUUUAUAUUUCUGGUUUAUCGAGGUAAGAGUUGAGGUAAUUGUUUUUUCAAUUAGGAUUAUCUUCAAGGAAAUCGCUUGAAGCUUGAAAACUGUAUGUGAAACGCAAUCCAAAAAUCCUAUUUUUUAAUA